AUGGAUGUUGCCGUCUUGCGAGGUCGUAUUGCUUCGACCCUUGAUCCAGAUGCUGAUACUCGUCGGCGCGCUGAACUGGACCUGAAAUCAGCAGAGGAACAUCCUGGAUUCACCGAUGCUCUCCUUGAUAUUUUACAAGCAGAACAAAAUCCUGCAGUUCGGUUAUCAACGGUUGUCUACCUUAAGAAUCGCGUUACGAGAGCAUGGCUACCGAGCGAAACCCAGCCCAAGCCGAUGGCCGACGAUGAGAAGGCUAGAUUUCGAGACCGACUCCUACCUUUCAUUGCUUCCUCCCCACCACAAAUUCGACAACAACUUGUACCAGUCCUUCAAAAGAUUUUACAUUAUGAUUUCCCAGAUAGAUGGCCUUCCUUUGUAGAAAUGACUGUUCAAUUAUUGAACACAAACGACGCAGCAUCAAUAUUCGCAGGUUUACAAUGUCUCCUCGCAAUCUGCCGGGUUUUCCGUUUCAAGUCGGGGGAGAAUCGCGCAGAUUUCGACGCAAUCGUGGAAGCCACAUUCCCAAGGCUUUUGACAAUCGGACAGGGUUUGGUCAAUGAGAUGAGCGAAGAGGCGGGAGAAAUGCUUCAUAUUGUUCUCAAGGCAUACAAACAUGCAACAUUUUUCGACUUAUCUGCCUCAUUGCGCGAACAUACAGUAGUAGUCGGCUGGUGCACUUUGUUUCUUCAAACAGUCGCAAAAGAUGUUCCAGCUACCGCUUUACCUGAGGAUGAAGCUGAGAGAGAGGCCAACCAUUGGUGGAAGGCCAAGAAAUGGUCAUACUUCAAUUUGAACAGACUCUAUGUUCGUUAUGGCAACCCCACAUCCUUGUCGAAAGGCAACGGAGACGAUUAUGCCGCGUUCGCAAAAAGUUUCACAGCCAAUUUCGCACCCGAGAUUCUGAAAGGUUACCUUCAGCAGAUCGAAAAAUGGGUCGCAAAGACAACAUGGCUCAGCAGACCUUGUCUUUCUUAUACCUUGGUUUUCCUCGAUGAGUGUGUUCGACCAAAGCAGAUGUGGGCUCACUUGAAACCACAUCUCGACAGCCUUGUCACCCAUUUCCUUUUCCCUGUCAUGUGUCUAUCGCCCGACGAUGUUGAGAAAUUCGAAACCGACCCAGAGGAAUAUUUACACCACAAAUUGAACUUUUACGAAGAGGUCUCAGCACCAGACAAUGCCGCAACCAACUUCUUGAUCACACUCACCAAAGUUCGCAGAAAGCACACUUUCACCAUUCUUACAUUUGUCAACUCGAUUGUAAACGAAUACGAGGCUGCGGGAGAGGGGCAGAAGAACCACAUUGCAAAGGAGGGAGCUUUGAGAAUGAUUGGAACUUUAUCCAGUGUUAUCCUAGGAAAAAAGAGUCCAAUUGCUGAACAAGUGGAGUAUUUCUUGGUUCGAUAUGUCUUCCCCGAUUUCAAGAGCUCCCAAGGAUUCUUACGAGCCAGAGCUUGCGACACUGUUGAGAAGUUCGAACAACUCGAUUUCAAGGAUACUCAGAAUCUUCUCAUCAUAUACCGAAAUAUCCUCGAGUGUAUGGCCGAUCCAGACCUUCCAGUUCGUGUUGAAGCAGCACUCGCAUUGCAGCCUUUGAUUAGACACGAUAUCAUUCGCACAAGCAUGCAAUCAAACAUCCCACAAAUUAUGCAACAGUUAUUGAAACUUGCCAACGAGGUUGACGUGGAUGCGUUGUCAAAUGUUAUGGAGGAUUUUGUUGAAGUAUUUGCGGCAGAAUUGACUCCUUUCGCAGUGGCAUUAAGCGAACAGUUGCGUGAUACUUAUUUACGAAUUGUUAGAGAAUUGUUGGAGAAGAACGAAAAGAGGGAAGAUGAUGAGUAUGGCGACUAUUUGGAUGACAAGAGUAUUACCGCACUCGGAGUUUUGCAGACAAUCGGCACUUUGAUUCUGACAUUAGAGAGUACUCCUGAUGUUCUUUUGCACAUGGAAUCCAUUCUGAUGCCAGUCAUCAAGGUCACGUUGGAAAACAAACUUUAUGAUCUUUACAAUGAAGUUUUCGAGAUCAUUGACAGCUGUACAUUUGCUGCCAAGUCUAUUUCUCCAACCAUGUGGCAAGCAUUUGAGCUCAUCCACUCAACUUUCAAGGCUGGUGCCGAACUUUACCUCGAAGAUAUGCUGCCAGCUUUGGACAACUUUGUACAAUAUGGCAGUGCUCAUCUCGUACAAUCACCACAAUAUUUGGAUGCCUUCUUUGGCAUGGUUGCAGAUAUGUUUGCUGAUGACAAGGUUGGAGGUGUUGACAAGAUUUGUGCAUGCAAGUUGGCCGAAGGCAUGAUGCUUAGUCUAAGAGGUCACAUUGAUCAAUACGUUUUACAAUUUGUCGACAUGGCCAUGAGAACUCUUACAAACACAGAUGUCAAGGUCAAGUCAUACAAAAUCCAUCUCAUGGAAAUGGUCAUCAACGCAAUCUAUUACAACCCAGCCUUGACUUUACAUAUCCUAGAGCAAAAGCAAUGGACCAACAAGUUCUUCAGCUUGUGGUUCGCAAGCAUUGAUAGUUUUACCAGAGUACACGACAAGAAACUUUCAAUCGCUGCCAUUGUUUCCCUACUCACCCUCAAUGCCGACCAGGUUCCAGUCAGUGUUCAACAAGGCUGGCCUAGAUUGUUGCAGGGUAUUGUCAGAUUAUUCCAGACUCUCCCCACGGCCACAAUGAACCGUGAGGAAGCUCUGAAAGAUGACUUCCCAGGAGAUGGUGAGGGAUAUGAUGAUGAGGAUGAGGAUGACGAGUGGGCUGGUGAUGAUAAUGCCUGGGGAGAGGAAGGUGAUGAGGGAGAUGAAGAGAACGACAUCAAGGAUGAAAGUAGCGCUUAUCUCGAGUUCCUGAGUGAAGAAGCUUCAAAAUUCAGCAAUCUUGAAGAUCAAGACUCGGAUGAUGAGCUUGGUGAAGAGAGUCUUCUUGAAACUCCUCUCGAUAAAGUGGAGCCAUACCAGUUAUUCAAGAACGCCUUGAUGAAACUUCAACAAGAACAACCUCAACUUUAUGAAUCACUUACCACAAAUCUUAACCCAUCUGAGCAAGAAAUAGUUCAAGGUGUUAUACAUCAAGCAGAUGUCAACGCAGCUGCGGCAAUUGCAUCGGCUCAAAUAGAGGCACAACUUGCUGCAGGUGUAGUCAAUGGAGGAGCUUGA